AGCUGCUGUCGGGCAUGUGUUGCAUAAUGGCAGAAGCUACCGUCUCUCCACUGAAGCACUUUGUGCUGGCUAAAAAGACAAUCACAGCCAUCUUCGACCAGCUGCUGGACUAUGUCACUGAAGGAGCAACUUUUGUAGAAGCGACAUACAAGAACCCAGAGCUUGAACAUGUAGCAACAGAAGAUGAACUAGCAAAAAUACAGGCAUAUAAAAAUAAGUUAGCAGUCAUCGGUGAGGUGCUUUCACGGAGACACAUGAAAGUGGCAUUUUUUGGCAGAACGAGCAGUGGGAAAAGUUCGGUCAUUAAUGCGAUGCUGUGGGAUAAGGUACUUCCUAGUGGGAUUGGCCAUACAACUAACUGCUUUCUCAGUGUGGAAGGGACAGAUGGAGAUAAGGCUUAUCUUAUGACAGAAGGAUCAGAUGAGAAGAAGAGUGUCAAGACAGUCAAUCAGCUUGCUCAUGCACUUCACAUGGAUAAAGAUUUGAAAGCUGGCUGCCUCGUCCAUGUCUUUUGGCCCAAGUCAAAGUGUGCCCUGCUGAGAGAUGAUUUGGUUUUAGUGGACAGCCCUGGCACAGAUGUCACUACAGAACUGGACAGCUGGAUUGACAAGUUCUGCUUAGAUGCUGACGUGUUUGUCUUGGUUGCCAAUUCUGAAUCAACUCUCAUGAACACGGAAAAACAUUUUUUCCAUAAAGUGAAUGAACGACUUUCUAAGCCAAACAUCUUCAUCUUGAAUAAUAGAUGGGAUGCCUCCGCAUCAGAACCAGAAUAUAUGGAAGAUGUGCGUAGGCAGCACAUGGAGCGCUGUCUGACUUUUCUAGUUGAUGAGCUCAAAGUUAUUGAUCCUGUAGAAGCGAGGAAUCGCAUCUUUUUUGUUUCAGCAAAAGAAGUUCUGAGUGCCAGGAGACAGAAGGCCCAAGGAAUGCCAGAGGGUGGUGGAGCUCUUGCUGAAGGAUUUCAAACAAGAUUCCAGGAAUUUCAACAUUUUGAGCAGAUAUUUGAGGAGUGUAUCUCGCAGUCAGCCGUGAAAACCAAGUUUGAACAGCACACUAUCAGAGCUAAACAGAUAAUAGAUACUGUGAAAAACAUAAUGGACGCCAUAAACGUAGCAGCAGCAGAGAAAAGAGUCCAUUCCAUGGAAGAGCGAGAAGAUCAGAGGGAUAGACUGGACUUUGUUCGAAAUCAGCUGAACAUUUUGACAGAAGAUACUAAGGAAAAAAUCAAACGUGUUACUGAGGAAGUAGAAAAUAAAGUAAGUAAUGGCAGCAUGAAAAAUCUCCCAGGUUUCAAGUGUUGUCCCUCCUGUGAGGGAGCUCCUUUAGGUGCCCACCACACUAUGAUGUAUCAUAUAUUCUUUAUAAAACUUCAGGAACUGAACAAACAUAUAGAAGAUGGUUUGGGAAAGAAUUUGGCUGAUCGUUGCUCCAGUGAAGUCAAUCAGUCGAUGCAUCAGUCGCAGCAGGAGAUGAUUGAGAAUCUGAAACCAUUGUUGCCUUCUGGUGCUCAGAAUCAGCUCCACUUGCUAAUUCCAUGCAGGAGGUUUGACCUUAGCUAUGAUCUAAACUGUCAUAGUCUGUGUGCAGAUUUUCAGGAGGAUAUCAUGUUCCACUUUUCCUUGGGAUGGACUUCACUUGUAAACCGUUUCUUGGGUCCUAAACAAGCUCAGAGAGUACUAUUGGGACUAGCAGAUCCAAAUGUACAAAUCCCUCGACCUUUAGCUACCACCCCGUCAGCUGCCAGCCUUCCUGCCGUAACUCCAGAGAACGUAUCACACGAUGAUUUUAUGGUUCCUUUGGUAAUGAGUUUAGCUUCACUGACAUCACGGACCUCCAUGAGCAUCAUCGUUGUUGGCGGAGUGAUUUGGAGAACAGUAGGCUGGAAACUCAUCUCUCUUUCCUUAAGUAUGUAUGGCUUGUUAUAUCUUUAUGAGAGACUGACUUGGACCACUAAAGCGAAAGAGAGAGCCUUUAAACAGCAGUUUGUAAACUAUGCUACUGAAAAGCUGCAGAUGAUCGUCAGUCUUACGAGUGCUAAUUGCAGCCAUCAGGUGCAACAGGAAAUGGCUACUACCUUUGCUCGGCUCUGUCAGCAGGUGGAUAUUACCCAGAAAAACCUGGAACAAGAAAUUGCUAGGCUUUCCAAAGAAAUAGAUCAGCUGGAGAACAUACAGAGCAGCUCCAAGCAGCUGAGAAAUAAAGCCAUUCACCUUGAGAAUGAACUAGAUCGCUUUACAAAACAUUUUCUUCAAAAGAGUAAAUAAAGCAUCAUCGCUAACUUUCCCGGUGAUCCUUUGUAGGACAAAGUAGAAAUUUUACAGGUGAUACUUCUCCUUUGUGGAGUUACAUGAAAUGAUUUAUAUUUUAAAUGUUACUUUGAUUACACUUGUUAAUUAUUGUAAAACUUUGACUCUGGUGGUGAACCAAACUGAAGAGCUGUGGUACUCUGUUAUAUUUGUUUUGCAGAUUUUGGGUUAAAAAAGACUUUAAACACUAAAUUUCUAUGGGCAGUUGACAAUAAAACCCCAAAUCCUUAUCAAUUUUUGUUAGUAUGUAGCAGUGGCAAGUCUCGCUUCCUGGCAUCCAGGAGUUUAGGCAGGGAGAGAGAACUUAGCCAUCACAGUCACUAGUGUCUCCUGCUUUCAGUUGCUCGGGAAUUAGCCGGGGCUGGAGGAUGCUGCUUGUUCUUGGGUUGUGUUUAAUGGAGGGAAGUACAAACUGCAGCUUGGGGCAAGGAGUUGUUUUGAAAGCAAGUGAAAUUGGGAUGGGCAGCAGUUCCUCUUCCUCAAAUGGAAGUGAAAGAUGAUGGUGAACUGCAGAGCCUUCACUAAUGAAAUGAAGUGGGCUCUAGUUUCCCUUCUGGCUACUGCAUUUAGCCAAGAUAGCACUGAUUUAAGUAAAAAUAAACCUAUUUCAACAUGCUUGUCAGAUUUUUUGCAAUUGGUUAAGUGGUGAAAUGGUCAUUUGCCUAUGAGAGCACUGCUAGAACCCAUGUCCGGGGCAGCUGCAGGUGUGUCGCUGGCACCAGGCAAAGGAGAAAUUGCUGGGCAGAUGGUCUUGGCUCAGUUUCUGCACAUUGGGUGGGAAAGCUCAGGGUGUGGGGCUUGACCGUGAGCUCCUGCUGGAUUGAGAGCGCAGGGAGAGGCUGGUUUGACAGUUUGUACUCGUGCAAUAUCCCGAGCAGUCCCUUGGUCCUGCUGUAGACCAGGUUUCUUCUAGGUGAGACUUAAGGCCGAUGAGUUUAGUUGACCUGUGCUCGCCUCCGGCAGCGCGAGGCCUCUUUUUAAGAAAAUGUCUUGCUGUUGCCAUCUGCAAUCAUUUAACAAACACCUGCUUUUUUCUAACUAGACUUUUUAAAAAUAACUUAUUUUAAAAAAAGAAAGCCUUUUCAGACUAUAUAUUUUUAUGGAAGUGUUAACAUGACUAAAUGAAUUACUCGACUUUACAACUACACUGUAAGGAUUUUCCAGUAAAUAAGGGCUAUCUAAAAAGGAAAUAGAUGUAAAAUCUAAUGUUAGAGGCAGUUAAUUAUUUGAAGACAAGGAACAGUUUUCACCACACUGUGUUUUGGUGUUUGUUUCUGACUGUGCUAGCAUGAGCAUGGCUCUCUUGGAACUUUAUUAGCAGGCUGCACAAGGAGUCUCAAGGUUUUUGAGGGAAACUGUGAAAUACAAAAAGUGCGUAACAGCCUGGUCCCCUUGUAUAGGAGGUUAUGGAUGUGUAUUAAUGCUCUUUGUCUGGAGCAUUUUUAUGGAUGUUGUAUCAAGAUAAAACUUUACAUGCAUGUGUUCUACAGUUAUUUAUUAAAAAAUCUACUCCCCCUU